CUGUUUGCAUCUUAUUACAUCAGGGAUUCUGAUCCACGACAGAAAUAUGCCAUUGCAAGUUUCGGCAAGGUGAAGUUAGCCACACAUCUGUUGACUGGCCUUAAAGUUGCUAUAAAAAUUAUUGACAAGAGAGCUAUAGGAGAUGAUCUACCACGAGUCACAACAGAGCUUGACGCGCUUAGGACUUUAUCUCAUCAAAACAUAUGUCGACUAUAUCAGUUUAUUGAGACAGAGGAUAAAUUUUUCAUUAUCAUGGAGUACUGUAGCGGUGGUGAGAUGUUUGACUACAUCGUUAGGAAGGAAAGGCUUGAGGAAUCAGAAGCUCGUCAUUUUUUUCGGCAGCUAGUUCAGGCUAUGGCCUAUGUUCACUCGAUGGGAUAUGCCCAUAGGGAUCUGAAACCUGAAAAUCUACUUUUAACUGAGGAUCUCCAUCUCAAAGUAAUAGAUUUUGGGUUAUGUGCCAAACCGUCUUCGCUUUCGCGGCCUCUCGAUACUUGCUGUGGCUCUCCAGCCUAUGCCGCUCCAGAACUAAUCGCGGUAAGAGUUAAUUUGUCAAAAUAUCUCCUAUGUCUGUCGAAAUGAAG